AUGCUCACCGGUUCGAUCAAGCUGCUCAUCGCCCUAGUCAAACGGUUCACAGUGUCUCAAGACAAGCAAGCAACAAUUUACAACCGACUUCAAGUUGGAAUAAACGACCUGCGAAAUUUUCUUAUAUAUUAUUUAAGAACCAAGAAGGAUAACACGAAAAAGGAGCUCAAAUCAACAAUUCUUAAGAAGUCUAUGGACUUUUUGAGGAUUGCGCAAAUGGACGUCGAGCGUCUAAAGAAUAUGGAUGGUGUGCAAGACCGUGUUGCGGAAAAUAUGAGGAAACUUCAAACCUACGUACAACAAACGAUCCAUGAUUUGCAAAAUCCGGCCAAUUGCACCGCGGCUCCGAAGCUCCGUUGUCCUCUCAGGAACAAGUACGGAUUGGCAUCGGGUGUCCACAUCCUGCUCUGGUGCUUGCUGGAAGCGUUGCGCAAGGGAAGGACGCUGGUGGUAGACACCUCCAAGUGGCACUACGCCCCCAAAAACAAGUGGGUCAAGACGUUCCUCCCUAUCCUGGGCCCAUCUUGUGCGGACGCCGACACGAGGAGCACAAAAAAGAACCCAAUCCCAGCAGCGGGUAGGGUUAGGAGGGACAUCGUUGAGAUUCCAUCCGCCAUCGCUGAGCCCCUGGUGGCUAAUCACGGAAGCCCCUACGCCUGGUGGUACGGACAGCUCAUGAGGUACAUUCUCAGGCUCCAAGCCACUACAUUGAAAAGAAUCUCGGACUUCAAGAUGUCCAGGGGGUACAAGCACCCUAUCGUCGGAGUGCAUAUCAGGAGGAAGGACAAGAUAUACGUGGAAGCAGCCCGUCACGACGUCCAAGAGUACAUGGUCCACGUGGAAGAUUACUACGCCAAGCUUUCCCUUACAACACACGUCGAAACGAAGAGGGUGUUUGUGGCGACGGACGAACCCAGUGUCGUCGACGAGAUCCGGAAAAAAUAUCCUCAGUACAAAGUGAUCAACAACGAGGUGGCUUCCCUCCAGGCAAGUACCAGGAACACCAGUCGAAACAACUCCGCGCUCUUCGGUGUAAUGCUCGACAUCACUCUGCUGGCCGAGUCAGACUUUCUAGUCUGCACAUUGUCCUCUGGGGUGAGUGAACCGUGUUCGAUACGUAUUGCUGCUCUUGCUCUCAUCGUCGUUUAUCUGAAUAUUGCUGCCAAGUUCGAAUUUCGUUAA